AUGGCGUUCCGGGUGUUUUGCAACCGCUGCUUUCAGCCUCCCGGCAGAUUCUCCUCGCAGUUUAGCCUGACGAGUUGUGGCCACGUGUUCUGCCACCUCUGCCUCCAGCGAGGUAAAAAAGGGGAGAGGAAGAGAGGUAAAAAGGAAGAAUGUUUGAUAUGUAGCACUCCUUGCCGCACAAUUUUACUUUCAAAACAAACUGAUUUUAAUAUUCAAGCAUUCUUUAUGGGAAUAGAUGGAUUAUGCAAGAAAUAUUCAAAAGAAACAUCACAGAUUUCAGAAUUUCAAGAAAAACACAGGAGGAGGUUGUUAACAUUCUAUAGAGAAAAGAUUUCAAAAUUAGAAGACUCUCUUAAAACAUUAACACAGCAGAUACAACAGAUUCAAAGUAAGAGACCAUCUCAACAAACAGUGCAGUUACCUGUUUCUAAAACAGUAAAAAAUUCAGUUUUAACUCCUUCAGCAAAACCAAUUGGAUAUUCUUCAUAUUCAUUCUUGCCAGCUUACUCUUCAGCCUCCCAAAUAGUGGAAUCAAUGGAUGUUGAUCUUUCACCUUCUCUAAUGACAAAACCUGAGGUAGGAGCAGGUCCUGCAAGGCUCUCACUGAUUAGUCCACCUCAAGAUGGACGUAUGGGAAGUGUUUCUUACAGAGGUUCCCAGCUAGUUGGACUUACUGCAAGUCAGAACAGCAUAUUAAGGACGCCACCAUCACAAAUUCCUUAUAAUGGACCUUCACAUGUUCUGUCAUCCUCCUUGCAAAGUAGAACAGGAAUGUGGGAUACUUCUGGCUUCAGAAUUCCUCAGUUUACACCUCCUCCAUCUCAGUCCUCAGUGCCAAGACAGCCAAUUAGCAUAUCCAGUCUUCUACAGAGGCAAUGUUUAGGAUCUACUCUUCUUGGAGGAAACACAGUAGCAAGAUGA